AUGAGAGUGGCACAUAGAAACGGCAAGGAGAUUUUAGAGAGAACAGAGGAUGAUGAGAGAGCUGGAUUUUCAUUUUUAGAGGUGGUUGAGAAAGUUGAUGCUCUGCCUGAUGAUUAUUGCACUAGCGAACACUUUCGGGAAAACGUAUACCGCCUUCAAUCGCAUGAUGGAAUAACGUUAGGUCACAUUCUCAAACUAGUAGUAAAAAAGAUCAAAGACUUGGGUGACCCAGUUGUAAAUGAAUUAUUCAACAUAAUGGAUGAACUUCACAUUGUGAGAUUUGUUUCAACUGAAUUUCAAGAAAGGAACGAGUUACUGGCAUCUUUAUGUCUCAAAUUGAAAGAUAGAUCAAAUUUAAAAGAUCUUCAAGGGUGGAGAGAUGAAUCAUAUGCUGUAUAUGUCAGGGGAAAGCCAUAUGUACUUGUUGAGCGUGCUGCAUCUGGUUUAUUAGGUGUGGUCACAUACGGAGCUCAUGUCAAUGGCUUUGUGAGGGACCCGAUAAAUGGUGAUAUCAAGCUGUGGAUUCCUAGAAGAUCUCUGACCAAAGCAACCUGGCCUGGAAUGCUUGACAACAUAAUUGCGGGUGGUUUAGGAUAUCCUCAUGGUGUGUACGAAACUGUUUUGAAAGAGAGCAUGGAGGAAGCAAACCUCUCGAAAGAAAUCAUCGAGAAAAGCAUAAAACCGGUUGGUGUGGUAUCAUACUUCUACUUUCAAAAUCCAGACAAGCUGCUGAAAUUUGACACGGAAUCUUCGUUAAUUACCCCAGAGGUUGAAUACCUUUACGAUUUGGAAUUAGGUCCUGACAUUAUUCCUCAACCCAAUGAUGGUGAAGUGGAGAGCUUCCAAUUAUUAUCACUCCAGGAAACAGUCACAGCUUUGAAAAACGGUGAAUUCAAGCCCAAUUGUGCUUUAAUCACUGUCGAGUUUCUCAUGAGGCAGGGCUACAUUACUCCUGAGAACGAACCAAAUUAUUUAAGAAUGAUGACCAAAAUGCACCGGUCCUUACCCUUCCCAACAAGGAAUUAG